AUGCCGCAGUUUAGCGUCGUCAUCUUGCUGGGCCUUGUAGGCGGCAGUCUCGUCGCCGCAACGCCUUUUGACCAGGAGAAGCAGAACCGCGACGCGGAAUGCGAUAACGGAUGCUUCUUUGGAAGUUUCCCCGGCGGCUCUUGCACCAACGACGCAGCAUGCAUGUGCACCCAGCAGAAAUACCGUGAGAGGUACUUUUGCUGUAUGGCUGAGAAGUGCGAUGCUUCGGUCCUGCCCGAUUCGAUCCAGCGCCAGACCUCGGAGUGCGAAGCCCGGAAUAUGCCAUUCACUUUCGACACCGAGGCUGUUUGCAGGAUCAAGUUGAGCACGAAAGUCUCGCCGUAUCCUACGCAGACGGUGACCGUUACUGCCACUGUUGGAAGUUCUGAGGCUGCUGCGACGGGGACGGGGACGGGAGCCGCAUCGACGGAGACGGGAGCUGCGAUGACAGAGGCUGCGAUGACAGAGGCUGCGACGGGGACGACGACGGCGGCGGGCGCGUCUUCAGUUGUGACUACGGGGAGUGCGAGUUCCUCCACAGGUGAAUCUGCUGCUUGGAGGGAAGCGCCGCAAAGGAAGAUUGUGAUGGGUGCUGCUAUCGUGGGAAUUGCUCUCGGGACGUUUUUGUGGUAG